AUGGAUCAGGCAAUAGAGCAUGCAGGAGACAUUGACGUCGAGACCCUAUUUAACGAAGAUAAUCUCAACGAUGCAGCACUCGCCGGGGGUAUAUUGUCUGAGAAUGGCAUCUCAGAUGGUGAGGAUGCCAACUUUGGACAUGGCCCUAUACAGACUGAGUACCAAGCAAAUUUGGCUGUGAGUGGUCCAUUGAACAGAAUUGCUUGGGGGAAGUCGGGUAUCGUGGCGAGGGUCGUCGACAGUGGAACUGCUGUUGAGGUCACAGCACAACGUUUCGAUAAUGAAACUGCUGCGUGGACAAACCUGACCCCGAAACGGUUGGAGGCAACCUUCGACGAUGUUGUUGGGCUUGCCUGGAGCAGUACAGGACUGGAUUUGGCGGUGGCCGAGCGCAGACUAGGGAUUCACAUAGUCAACGUGUCUCCAUCUGCAUUGAAUCGCCACGUCCACGGGCUUCAUAGCCUCGCUGACACUGACACUGACACUGAAUCGAAUCAGCCGAUUGGUUUGUUGUGGUUGAACCUUACCAGGGGCGAGAGAGACAAGAAAAAGACUGUUCUCGAGAACGUGAAGGAGAAUGGUAGAUGGAGGCAUGAACAUGUCGAAGGUGCUCCCUUUCCUCCACAUAUACUGCGAGGUCUAUGUGGAGUCACCAGGUCGGGUAGAUUCUUUAUGCUCUUUACUCGUGACGCUAGCCCUUACAAAACAGCCUCCUUACCAUUACCCAUACCGCCAUCAUCCAGUAUCUUCACACAUGCAGGUAUCUGCCAGACACAUGAGGGCAGGCUGCUCGUGGCUUUACACGACGACAGAGGCCACAUCGGCAUUUACUCUGUUGACCCUGUCUUCACCCAGAACGAAUCUAUGCCUACCCUGACCGCUGAGGUUAUCCACCAGAAUGUUUCUGCUACACCACCUUACGUGAACCUUCAAUCCGAAUCCCUUACUGGCUUUCCGGAACAACGUCUCCUUACUCAUUUACACUUCUUGAUGGAGUCUGAGUACUCAUGGGAUCAUCUGCUCAACAAACCACAUCUCGGACCAAAGCAGCCUCCGACGCUGAUUGCCGUAUACUCUUCAUACGAUAACCAGAAGGAUGCAGCAGGGAACCAUUUCUUUGGAACAACUCUGAUAAAGAGAUGGCAAUUCCGAAAGGUACAGUUCGAGCGUCAUCCCAGAUUCGCGGAUGGAGGCGCGAUAGCUGAGCCCCAGACAGUUCCAGAACCAAUGGCGGACAUAAUUCUUCACAAGACGGUAAACAACCUUCAAGCGAUCGAACCUGGAAAUGUGCUAGCUAUCACAACUAUGGACGGCGCAACAUCGUUCUACCACGCAGAUUCAUUCACGCCCAUUUUAGCAGACCCAAAACACCUUACCGUGUCCAACGUAGGGCAAGUCUGUCUGGAGUACCCUCACCUGACCAUGUCUCCCGUGCAAUGCUUGUCACCUCACGCCCUAGUUGUGGCGUAUAUCAAUAUCGAAGACAAAAUCCUCUUUGACAACGCCAAGGUGAGAUCUACAGGCGCUUACAGCCCGCAUAGACGUCAACUCGAUCCUAACGAUCCACAAGACGAUGCUCUCAUCGCAUCCUACGUGUUGGCUUUUUCUCGAAGCUGCUGGAACUCAGCAACCUACGAUGAUAUCUUGUCCUCUGCUCAAGCUGCCAUUCCAUCAAGCAGUCUCAUCCACUUCCGCCGCCAAGUGUUCACCACCCUCUUCCAGCCCAAAACCUUAGUACCAGGACCCGGCACAGUCAGUGAGUUGGAAAGGAUACCGCAUUUGGUGAUCGUGUUUAAAGCUUUGUCUUUCCACCUCGGUCUCUUCAAGCUCAAUGAAGCCAACACUAAGCACGAGAAGAUCGCUUAUCUUUGGGCGUGGACGUUGUUAAACCUACGUUGGUGUAUCAUGGUUCUUGGAGAGACCUACAAGUCGAUGCAGCCGCAACCACAACCUCAGCCAAAUCCACUUGCCAAAACACAGCCAGCCGCGCAGGCUAUACCACCUCCUUUACCCCCCUCUUUUCUUGAGCUUGUCCAUCACAACAUCGACUGGAUUUUCAGCCUCUACUCAUGCAUCUUCGGCACGUUGCUUAAUGUCUCAGACCGUGUCACCAAUCCUGCUUUCUUCUUUCCUCCGACGUUCGCUGCUCUUCUAGGUGAUGAUCUCGGCACCGGGACACAAGGAUUCGUCGCACUCUUGCUUACCUGCAAUUGGAGUCGUUCGAUCCUUCUCAUCGGCUCACGCCUGCUGAACGCGUGUGCAGUAAAAGCACAUCUGAACGUUGAUUUUUCGAGUGGCAAGAACGCGGUAGGCACUAUACCAGGACAUUUAGCAGGGACGACACUGGGUCGCGUGGCAAAGACGAUUCAGUCAUGCUGCUCGCGGUAUGGUCUGACUACGAAAGCGCUCGAAGCCAUUCUAGAUCAACGCUUCCAUCCAGAUUAUUGGCAAAGCGACUAUGCAGAAAAUCGUGCUAUCUUAGAACGACAGAUCGAGAUGAUUGUUACUGGAGAAUUAUCUGAACCUUAUCAGGGGGUGAUGCAGAAGAUCGUCAACGAGUGUAUCAAUGGCGAACAAGGCUUACGCGCAAAAGGAGAGAUUGAUCGUCUAAGACUUAGCGAUGAAGCUCCAGGUCCAAGUCUUUUGUUCUUGAACAUGGAUGAUAUGGCCUUCAAGCAGCACAAUCUCGCCUUCUCGCCCGACGGGCUGAUUGGUGGUGGAAGUCGCGCGCAAGCGGGUGAUUUUAUGUCUUUGGAAACGAAUGAGAAUAGCAUCACCACAUCCACACUCGCUAGCGACAGGAAGAGAAAAAGAAAAGAUCUGCCCUCCCGUGUUCUCUACGACGUUCACAAGAAAUUGCCCCUGUUCGGUCAUGAAUCCACUACCAUCAAUCCGACGCCCAUCGGCAGCCUCUCACUGCCUCGGAUCGCAAGUCUCGAAACUCUGAAAAAGGCACAGCUCGUUGGCAAGCAUGUCCACUUUAGCGAGUUCACACUGCACGCAAACGUGAUCAAGACCGUGCCUGGGACGUGUCCCAAGGUCACAGAGCGUUCAAUAGUGGGAAAAGGAAGAAUGAAGACGCGUGGACAGGUGGAAGGAGCACAUGCAAAGUCGGCCGAGAUCGACUGCGCUCCUUCCCUCGACUAG